AUGCAGAGCCUGCUGGAGAACCAGGCCUUGGCCAUCUCUGCUCUGGAGGACCUGCCCUGUGAUCUCUUCCCUCUGUUGUUUCUGGAGGCCUUGAAAAGGAAAUGCAUGAAGGUGCUGAAGGCCAUGGUGCAGGCCUGGCCCUUCCCCUGCCUCCCCCUGGGACCCCUGAUAAACAGACAAGACCAGGAGCUCCUAAAAAUGGCCCUGGGUGCACUCAAUAUGCUGCUUGUUCAGAAGGAUCGGCCCAGGAGAUGCAAGUUGCAAGUCUUAGACUUGACAGAAGAACACCAAAGCUUCUGGAAUGUGUGGUCUGGAGCAAUAGAUACUGAUACCUCACAACCACCACCAAAGAGAAGAAGGAACCAAUUAAUGGAGGCCUUUCCAGGGCCAGGAGAGAAGCAGCCCUUAAGGGUGACAGUAGACCUGUCCUUGAAGCGUUGUGAUGAAAAUGAACCUCAAAACUACUUGUUUGAGUGGGCUAAGCAGAAGAAAUGUUUGGUCCAGCUGUGCUGUAGGAAGCUGCAGAUUUGGGAACAUUGUUACUGUAAUAUCAAUGAAUUGCACCCGUUCUCUUUCUUGGACCCACUGGAGCUAGUGUAUGUGGAGGAAGUGGAGGUGAAUUGCCCUUUGAGCCUGAGCACGUUGGCCAUGUUUGCUCCUUACCUGGGCAAGAUGAAAAAUUUGCACAAACUCUUCCUCUCACACAUCUAUGUGCCUGAAUGCAUGUCUUCAAAGAAACAGAUGGAACGUGCCGCCAUAUUUAUUUCUCAGUUCAGCAACUUCGACUGUCUCCAGCAGCUCUAUAUGAAUCGAGUCUCUUUUCUCCAAGGCAACCUGCACCAGAUACUCAGAUCUCUGAAGACUCCCUUGGAGACCCUGUCAAUAACACACUGCAGGCUUAGGAAAUCCGAUCUGAAGUGUCUGCCCAGGUGCUUGAGCACCCACCAGCUAAAACACCUGAGUCUGAAAGGCGUCAGCCUGAUCCCUGUGCGUCCUGGGAUGCUCCAAGCUCUACUAGAGCAACUUGCAGCCACCCUGGAGAUCCUGAACUUGGAGGACUGUGGAAUUGAGGACUCCCAUCUCACUGCCAUCCUGCCCGCCCUGAGCCAAUGCUCCAAGCUCACCAAGCUCUGUUUCUAUGGGAACCACCUCUCUCUGGCUGUCCUGAAGAACCUGCUGUGCCACACUGCCAGGCUGAACCAGCUAUGCCUGGAGCUGUACCCUGUCCCUCUGGAAGCCUAUGAUAGCCCGAGUGCUGUUCGCACCCAGAGGGGUUCCCUGUACUGUGCUGAGCUCAUGGACACCCUGAGGGCCAUAAGGCAGCCCAAUAUGGUGUCCUUCGGUGUGGAACCCUGCCCUAAAUGUGGACAUUCCUGCUUCUAUUAUAUGGACUCCAUUCUGUACUGCUCUAGGAGGCCUACCUAG